UUUAUAAAAUCGUGUGGAAUAGAAUAAAUGUUUAAUCCGGUAAACAAGGGUCGCACAAGCGAAAUCAUCCAAACAUUCCGAAUUGUUUAGGCGCGAGGUAAUCUGGAACCACAAGGAUCAAAAUUAUUCCUUUUUCUUGUGCUUGCGCUUAUGCUUGCGUUUGCGCUGAAAUAAGUGAAAACGAAAUACCGCUCGGGCAUAACACAAGCUCAAAGAUAUUUACCACACGUGCUUAUCUUCGGAUGAUUUUGCUUGUGCUUGUGUUUGCGUCGAAUUUCGUUUUAACUUGGGUCAUCCCUAUUGCUUGUGCUUGCGCUUGUGCUUACGUCGCUAGUGAAAACCAGGCUUUAUGAAUAACUAACUAAUGACCAAUUUAUUUCAUUUAAAGCAGGUGAUAUCCUAGACAAGCGCUAAGUGAUGUCGUGUGCUGCAACCGCCAGUCCCAAUAACACAGGUGACGUUAUGUCCAGACCAGACGACGGAUCAAAAGAUGAAACAAUCGCCGAGGUUUUCAACAAUGAAGGCGAAAGUGAAUACAGAAAAGGAGAAUUCAACUACGCCAUCGUCUGUUACACUGAAGGAAUCAGUGUAAACUGUAACGAUAAAAACCUUAAUGCUGAACUGUUCACGAACAGAGCGAAGGCCCAUUUCAAUUUGGGUAAUUAUCACGAGGCAAAGGCCGAUUCAGAGGUCGCCAGGCAAUUCCAGCCAGGUUAUAUGAAGGCGAUAGAAACAGGUAAAGGUGGCUUUGAUACAGUUGAUUAAACACAGUAAAGUACAGUUAAAACCAAUAGGGAGGGAACAUAAGUAUUUAUUUGUUAAAACCUGGCGUUAAUUGUCAAUAUCGUGCUCUCUGCCAAAUUCCACAGCUAAAAUAAACUACAAUCUGUAACUAAUCUCUUACCCUUGUUC